GACUCUUUGCAUCGUCGUCUGUAGUGGACUUCUUUCUUACUGCUACAAAUACUUCUAGUUACUCGGUCAUUUUUGUUUUCUAGUCGCUUUUUAGAUUGAAUUUGGAAAAUUUUUGAGUUAUGGCGGAGAUAGGGAAAAUUGUGCUUGACUCAGAUUGGUUAGCGGUGAGAUCGACGGAGGUGCAACUCAACGGGACGCAACUCACCACCACUCACCCUCCUACUGGUCCCAACUCGCCAUGGAUGCCAGCUGCUGUUCCCGGAACUGUUUUGGGAACUCUUGUAAAGAGCAAUGUGGUGCCUGAUCCUUUCUACGGUUUGAAUAACGAAGCAAUUUUGGAUAUAGCUGUUUCUGGAAGGGAGUACUAUACAUUUUGGUUCUUCACUACUUUUGAGCAUAAGCUGUCAAGGAAUCAACACCUGGAGCUCAAUUUUCGUGCAAUCAAUUACUCUGCUGAAGUGUAUUUAAAUGGACACCAGAUGGUGUUGCCAAAAGGGAUGUUUCGAAGGCAUUCUCUUGAUGUUACUAGUCUUCUAAAUCCUGGAGGGCGGAAUUUACUGGCCGUUCUUGUACAUCCUCCAGAACAUCCUGGGAGUAUUCCUUCUGAAGGAGGGCAGGGUGGUGAUCACGAGAUUGGUAAAGAUGUUGCUACACAAUAUGUCGAGGGUUGGGAUUGGAUGGCUCCUAUAAGAGAUAGGAACACUGGCAUAUGGGAUGAGGUUUCAAUUUAUGUCACUGGGCCAGUGAAAAUUAUAGAUCCCCAUUUGGCAUCAACAUUUUUCGAUAAUUACAAGAGGGUAUAUUUGCAUGCUACAACUGAGUUGCAAAACAAAGGGACCUUGGUUGCUGAAUGUGAUGUAACUAUCCAAGCAACAUUGGACACUAAAGAAAGCUUUUGCUUAGUUGAGCACCUUCAGACAAUACAUGUGUCGAUCCCGGCUGGAAAAACUAUUCAAUAUACAUUUCCUGAG